ACCGACAGGAUUCACCGAACAGUCGACCUUAAGAACAUCCAAAGAAUCGCAAUCAUGGGACCUAAACAAAAGGGAGUUAAGAUGAGUUUGAACGACUUCAUUGGCGAUGACCAGUUCGGCGCCGGCAGUUGGGCUGAUGAGAUGGAUGAGGCUCCUAUCGCCCCCGCCUCGCGCUCUUCUGGUGCUGGUGAGGGCGGUGCCGGCGACAAGUGGCAGCCUACUCGCUCUUCGUACGGCGGUGACCGCGAGGGUUCUUUCCGUGAUCGCGACGACUUCGAGUCCCGUCCUCUCCGUGAGGAGGUUCCCCUUCCCACCAAGGCCCCCUUUACCGCCUUCGUCGGUAACCUUCCCUGGGACGCGACUGAAGAUUCCAUUGGCGACUUCUUCUACGUCGAGCUUGAGUGUCUCGUUACCAACGUCCGUCUUGUCAAGGACCGUUUGGACGACAAGCCUAAGGGCUUCGGAUACGUUGAGUUUGAGGAUCUGGAGUCGUUGAAGAAGGCCUUGGCUGCCAGCGGACAGAGUAUGGCCGGAAGGAAUGUUCGUAUUUCGGUUGCUGAGCCUCCGAAGAACGGCGCUCGCGCACACGGUGAUGACAGGACUGAGCGCGAGUGGGUUAGGACUGGACCUUUGGCGCCCAUUGAGCGUCCUCAGCGUCAGGAGCGUUACGCUGGCUUGUCUGGUGAUGGCAAGGAGCGCGAUUUCUCCAACUGGGAGCGCAGAGGUCCUCUUGCUCCUCGUGAGCGCCCAAUGGGCGACCGCCCUCCUCGCGGCGACCGCGAGGGAAGCUUCGAGCGUGGCGCUAUCAGUCCCCCUGCUGAGCGCAGGCGCCUUGUCCUUACUCCCCGUACCGAGAAGCCUCUCGACCCUCCCAACACCCCUGCUGCCGCUACCCCCGCUGCCUCGAAAUCUAACCCCUUCGGUGCCGCUCGCCCUGUCGACUCUGACGCUGCUUUGAAGAAGGUCGAGGAGAAAAUUGAGCAGCAGCGUGUUGCUGCUGCUGAGGCUCGUGAGAAGGCUAAGGCUGCUCGUGAGGCCAGGGAGGCGAGGGAGGCGAAGGAGGCUAAGGAUGCUGAGGCUGUUGAGGUCACUGCUACCAAGAAGCCCGUAGAGGCUGCUAAGGCUGAUGCUAGGGAGUGGAGACGCGCACCCGCCGCAGAGGAGAAGAAGGAGGAGAUCAGGGAGAAGUUGGUUGAGAAGGUUGAGCAGAUUACGUUGGAGGCUACUGGUGAGGCUGCUCCCCAGGGUGCUAAUGAGGAGGGUUGGGCUACCGUUCCCAAGAAGAAGUAA